AUGGACGUGGUAGAUACCGUGUUGUUGGUGGACAUCACUGCAAGUUAUUUUUUUGGCGAGUCGGUCAUUGGAACUGCGUAUGUGGUCUAUGGGGUGAAGAAGGACAAGCAGAUCAAGAGGGCUCCGAAAGUGAAGAAAGUCACCAUGUUUGAAGAAGGGGGAACUUUCAAUAUCACGAUGAGGGAAAUACAAGAGGCGUGUGCUGUGCAGACUGACAGAGGAACAACGCAGGACUGCAGCGUCCACUCUCUGGUGGACAGCUAUGUGUACAUCAAAGUGUCAGUGCUCACGCAAUCAGACUCUCAGCUUCAGACUCUCAUCUGCAGACUCAGCUGCAGACUCUCAGCUUCAGACUCUCAUCUGCAGACUCUCAUCAGACUCUCUUCAGACUCUCAUCUGCAGACUCUCUUCAGACUCUCAGCUUCAGACUCUCAUCUGCAGACUCAGCUUCAGACUCUCAUCUGCAGACUCUCUUCAGACUCUCAGCUUCAGACUCUCAUCUGCAGACUCAGCUUCAGACUCUCAUCUGCAGACUCAGCUGCAGACUCUCAGCUUCAGACUCUCAGCUGCAGACUUUCUUCAGACUCUCAGCUGCAGACUCUCUUCAGACUCUCAGCUUCAGACUCUCAGCUGCAGACUCUCAGCUUCAGACUCUCAGCUUCAGCCUCUCAGCUGAAGACUCUCUUCAGACUCUCAGCUUCAGACUCCCAGCUGCAGACUCUCAGCUUCACUCUCAGCUUCAGACUCUCAGCUUCAGACUCCCAGCUGCAGACUCUCAGCUUCACUCUCAGCUUCAGACUCUCAGCUGCAGACUCUCUUCAGACUCUCAGCUUCAGACUCUCAUCUGCAGACUCAGCUUCAGACUCUCAGCUGCAGACUCUCAGCUUCAGACUCUCAGCUGCAGACUCUCAGCUGCAGACUCUCAGCUGCAGACUCUCAUCAGACUCUCUUCAGACUCUCAGCUUCAGACUCUCAUCUGCAGACUCAGCUUCAGACUCUCAGCUGCAGACUCUCAUCAGACUCUCUUCAGACUCUCAGCUUCAGACUCUCAGCUGCAGACUCUCUUCAGACUCUUGUUACACGUUCCAGGGCAAAGGUGGAGAUCUGGUUGAGAUCGAGAGGAGCAACAUCAAAAUAGUGAAUUCACCUUUUGUUUUAAAAGUAAAAAACAUGCAACAGUACCUUAAACCAAGCUUGCCCUUCCAUGUUACAAUCCUUGUAAAUUAUCACGAAGGAACUCCAGCACAGAAUGUCCCACUGACUGUCGAGAUGAAAUCCAUGCCAACGCUCAAAGUCACGGGAAACACUCAUGUGUCCAUCAACAUGCCGCCCGAGAUCAAGGCUCAGACUUUCAUUCCCUACACGCCGGCGAGCAAAGUAACACCCAACUACCUGUACACUCGUGUCGUUGGCAACGUCCAAUUGGGAGCAAUGACCCUGGACCUGAGUGUUACAUCUGAGAGAACAAGCAGUGUUCGAGAAAUUACCUACUUGGUCCUCAGCAAAGGGAAACUAUUGGAUGCCAAACGUGUAUCAGUGGAUCAACAACAGGUCACCAGUGUGAGAAUCGACGUCACUUCAGAAAUGAUUCCCACAUUCCGCUUUGUGGCAUUUUACAUUUUAGACGGGGAGGUGGUGUCAGACUCUAUCAAGCUGGAGGUGCCCAACACAUGUUUCCAACCACCGAGUGUGAGCACAGCGCAACGCACUGACUUCAGCCCUGGCAAAAUUGUCAAGCUGAAAGUCCAAGGGGAGCCGUCGGCACACGUCAGUCUGGUGGCAGUGGACCAAGCCGUGUACAAGCUCAGCAAGAGGCGCUUCAACCAAAGACACAUCUUGGAUGAGGUGGACAGCAGAGACAUGGGCUGCACUCACGGAAGCGGAGCGAACGCGAUGGGAGUUUUCAGUGACGCUGGACUGCUCUUUGCAACAAAUGACGGACCCUCGACAGACGCCCGACAAUGUAACUGA